AAUUUUAGUUUUAAGCCUUUCAGAUAAGCCAAGCCAAUUGUUUUCCAAAUAUUCUCCCCUGUUCUUCUGAGGUGUAGCCUCCACCAAAAUCAAUUAAUAAAACCUCAACUUUGCCCCACUCCAGAGUCAGUUGCUCUGAUUUCGAUUAAAGGACCAGUUUCUCAAUGAGAAUGUUCUGUAUAAUCUCCUGAGUUUUUCUUUUUCAGCUUAAGAUACAAUAUUUGGAGAUCAUAUGAGGGCUGAAUGCCUUGCAAAACAUUUCCUGGCCUCACUGUGCAAUUCGUCCAGGUCUGAAAAGACCUUUGGAAACCCAGAAGAUUUCAGGGCUCUCUGUCAGAGAAGACUGGAAAUGGAUGCAAACCAGGAAGCCUGGGAGAGAGUAGGAAAAAGCCCUACUGCUGCUCUGCUUGGGAACGGUGCGGAGGUCUGGGCAGGAGCCCGGCAGAAGAUCCCAGAGGAGGAAGCUCUCAGUUCUGAGAUCCAACAUUGGUGCUUCAGGAACAGCCCCUUUCAGGAGGCCGAAGGACCGCGAGAGCUUUGCAGCCGCCUUCAUCGUCUUUGCUGGGGGUGGUUGCAGCCCGAAAAGCACACCAAGGCUCAGAUGUUGGACCGGGUGAUCUUGGAGCAGUUUCUGGCCGUCCUGCCCAGGGAGAUGCAGUGCUGGGUGCGGGAGUGCCGAGCGGAGACCAGUUGCCAGGCGGUGGCCCUGGCCGAAGGUUUCCUGCUAAGCCAAGCGGAAGAGAGGGAACAGGAAAAAUGUCAGGUUCCGAGGUCCUUCCUGGAAGUGGGCACCGGUCCUGAGGAAAUGGCGGUUCAUGCAGAUCCGUGGUGCUGCAGGGCCGUUUCCAAGCAGGAAGGUCAAUAUCAGGAUGGUUCACCAGGGAACGAAAUGGAGUCACAAUUGUUCACAGUAUCAUCUCCUUGUAUUGGUGAAGCUGAAAGAACAGCUGGACCUCCAGCUCAGAGUCCCGUGUCCUUUGACGAGGUGGCCAUAUAUUUCACCAGUGAAGAGUGGUUGUUGCUGGAUCCCAACGAGAAAGCCUCGCACCGAGAAGUCAUGUUGGAGACAUGUGGGAUUGUGGCCUCUUUAAUUGAUGAUCAGGAGAAUGAAGAUUACCAAGAGCCAACUGUGGUGUCGGAAGUAAUCAAGAUUGAAGAAGAGACAUAUACUGAUGAGUUUGGAAGAGGCCAAUGCUACAACUGGAGAGAAAUCUCCACUCUUGAAUGCAUGGAAAGUGAUUAUCUCCUGACCCAAAAUGUUCAUAAGGAAAAUGGGUUGGGAAACUAUCAAGGAAGUGGGGAAACAUUCCAAGCAAAACCCAAUUCCAAUAAUUACCACCUCAGCAGUAACAGUGACAUUAUUCCUCAUAAAAUGAUCCAUACAGAAAAGAAACCUUAUAAACACUUGGACUCUGGAAACAGCUUUAGAUGUACUGGUAAUCUUAAAUACGAUAAGAAGAUCCAUUCAGGGAAAAAGCCUUAUAAAUGUGCAGCCUGUGGAAAAGGAUUUGGUUCAAAUACUUCCCUUACUUAUCAUGAAAGGAUCCAUAGGGGCGAAAAACCCUACCAAUGCCUAGAGUGUGGAAAGAGCUUCAUACAGAGCAGUGACCUUACUUCUCAUAAAAGGAUCCACACAGGGGAAAAACCAUAUAAGUGCACGCACUGUGGAAAAAGCUUCAGUUCGAAUAGUUCUGUUAAUUAUCAUAAAAGGAUCCAUACGGGAGAAAGACCCUAUGAAUGCAUCGAGUGUGGGAAGAGCUUUAGCAAAAGCAGCGUCCUGACUGCCCACAGAAGGAUGCACACGGGAGAGAAACCCUACAAAUGCAUAGAUUGUGGGAAAUGUUUCAGUUUGAGCAGUUCCCUUGCUUCUCAUAGAAGGAUCCAUACAGGUGAGAAGCCAUAUAAGUGCACAGAGUGUGGGAAAAACUUCAGCAAAAGCUGUUACCUGACUUCCCACAAAAGGAUCCAUACGGGAGAGAAACCCUUUCAAUGCAUGGAGUGCGGGAAGAGCUUCAGUAAGAGCAGCGUUCUUACUUCCCACAAAAGGAUCCAUUCCGGGGAAAAACCUUAUAAAUGUGUGGACUGUGGAAAAACUUUUCAUGGCCGCGGCCACCUGAUGUCUCAUAGGAGGAUUCACACAGGGGAGAAACCCUAUCAAUGUCUGGAGUGUGGAAAGAGCUUCAGCCAUAAUGGUUCCCUGACCUCCCAUAAAAGAGUCCACACAGGAGAGAAACCGUAUCAAUGUGUGGACUGUGGAAAGAGCUUCAGUCGAAGCAGUUCCCUUACUUGCCACAGAAGGAUCCACUCGGGAUUCAAACCUUAUAUAUGCAAUCAGUGUGGGAAGAGCUUUAGUACAAGCAGCUCUCUUACUUACCACAUUAGUAUCCACACAGGGAAGAAACUAUAUCAGUGCAUGGAGUGUGGGAAGAGCUUUAGGCUGAAAAGUCACCUAAAUUCCCAUCAAAAGAUCCACACAGGGUUGAAACCUUAUAAAUGUAUGGAAUGUGGAAAGAGUUUUUCUGAAAACAGAACUCUUAUUUCUCAUGAAAGAAUCCACACAGGGGAGAAAAAAUAUGAAUGCAUGUUGUGUGGAAAGAAUUUCAUGUGGAGCAAUCAACUUACUUCCCAUAAAAGGACCCAUGUGGAGGAGAUGCCUUUAGGGACUGAAAUAUCCUUAAUUCAUGUAAGCGGAUCCACUACGAUAUGAAACCUUAUAAAAGCACGGAACGCAGACACAACUUUAGUCAAGAAUUGCAAACUGAUUCAUGUUAAAACACUUGACAUGCAGGACUAUAUAUCUAUAGGACUCACUUUCCCUGAGGAUAUCUGUCUGACAUUGUAAAUUACUCAGAGAGUGCUCUAAAGAGUGGUAUGUAAGUCUUAAGGGCUAAUGCUAUUUGCCUGUUCCACCGGAGCAAUAGAGUUGUCCUUUCUGUUAAAUAUUGCCAUCUCAUGGGUCCUCAGAAGCUGCCUUUCCUGUUGCAAUGUCUGCCUAUGGAACACGCUUUCCAAGAUCUGAUAGCCUCUGCCCCUUUUAUCCUUCCAGGAGCCCUUAAAAUGGGCACAUUAGAGAAAUGAGGCCGAGGCACCUUUGGGGUUUUUUUUGGCUGUUUGCUUUUAUAUUGUUUUAUUGACUGUAAGCCACUCUGUUUAAGAUUGGCAGCUCUAUGAAUGUUUAAAGUUUUAAGUAAGUACGUAACAAGUAACCCUCGCUUACUGACAACAAUAGGGAUUGGCAACUCCAUUAUUAAGCCAUGCAGUCAUAAAUUGAAACAUCAUAUGACCGUGCUGGUCUUACAUCAGUUGGGCAGUUCCACUUGUAACUGUUAAUCAAAUCCUCCGUGGUCAUAAAGGACAGUGUGAAUCGACUGCAACAUGUGACUUCUUGUGGCUUCCACAUUGACUUAAUACUUAUGAGCAGCUGGCUAAUUUAAUUUUUGAUUGUGUGCCCUGAAAUCAGGGUCAGCUCUUGUGACUAUAGAGACUUACUACAAUUGGAUUGGAACUUUCCCUGCAAAGCAAUUGGCCACUAAGUGAGUAACGGAAAGUUUUGAUCUUUUUUUCUUUUUGCCUCGGUGGAUGGCACUGUUAAGAGAAGCUGCUAGUACCACCACAAGUAGAAAAGAUGAAAUAAAUGUUAGCGUAGUCCCUUAGGCAUCCCCUAUGAGGAAGUAAGUAAAUGUGCCCAGAGACCAAGCAAACUGGCCCAAAACAUGACUUCCUAUGGGUGUCUUGACUGCUGGUAUAAUCUGAGAUUUGUGAGGUUUAUAAGUUUGGCGUGAGGGCCCACCAGAGAUUCCUUGGUUUGUUUCUCUAGUCCCUAGUGUGAUUUUUUUUUUACCUG